AUGGCUUUGCCUUUGUUGUCACAACUUCAAGGCUUUUGGCCUUCUUUCCUUGCUGUAAUCGCUGGCAUUAUUAUGAUCAUCAAAGCCCUAAGAUCUGACGCGAUUCAGAAAUAUUCCAACAAACAAAAGCCGAAACUCCCACCAGGUCCCAAACCAUGGCCUAUAGUUGGUAACCUUCCUGAAAUGCUUACAAACAAACCUGUCCAAAAGUGGAUAAACAAACUCAUGAAAGAAAUGAACACUGAAAUUGCAUGUUUCCGCUUAGGAAAUGCCUAUGUUAUCCCAGUGACAUGUCCUACCAUAGCCACUGAGUUCUUGAGAAAACAAGAUGAAACUUUUGCAUCAAGAUCACUAAGCAUGUGCACUGAACUCAUUAGUGAUGGAUAUUCUACCACACUUUUUGGGCCCUUUGGGAACCAAUGGAAGAAAAUGAAGAAAAUCAUAACCCAUGAUUUGCUUUCCCCACAAAAGCACCAAUGGCUUCAUGACAGAAGGGCUGCAGAAGCUGACAACAUAAUGUUUUACGUCUACAACAAAUGCAAAAAUGUGAACCAUGAUGGUGGUGUUGAUGGUGGCCUUGUGAAUAUUAGGAGUGCUGCAAGGCAUUACUGUGGUAACUUGAUCAGGAAAGUUAUUUUUAACACAAGGUAUUUUGGGGAAGGUAGAAAUGAUGGAGGGCCUGGUCUUGAGGAAGUUGAACAUGUUGAUUCCGUCUUUGAUUUGAUUAAGUAUGUUUAUGCCUUUUCUCUUUCUGAUUAUAUCCCAUGCUUGAGGGGACUUGACUUGGAUGGCCAGGAAAGGAAGGUGAAAGAAGUUUUGAGGAUCGUGAAUAAGCAUCAUGAUCCCAUCAUUCAAAAGAGAAUGAAACAAUGGAAUAAUGGAUUAAAGGUUAAUGAAGAGGACUGGCUUGACAUUCUACUCUCCCUGAAAGAUGCAAACCACAACCCAUCAUUGACACUGAAGGAAAUUAAAGCGCAAAUUAUAGAACUAAUGCUUGCAACAAUGGACAAUCCAUCAAAUGCUUUUGAAUGGGCACUAGCUGAAAUGAUAAACCAACCAGAGUUACUCCAACGAGCGACGGAAGAAUUGGACAGUGUGGUAGGGAAAGAAAGGCUUGUUCAAGAAUCAGACAUUCCAAAGCUCAACUAUGUGAAGGCUUGUGCAAGAGAAGCUUUUCGGCUUCAUCCCAUUGCACCUUUCAUUCCACCCCAUGUCUCUAUGAGUGACACAACUGUGGGAAACUACUUCAUCCCUAAGGGUAGCCAUGUAAUCAUAGGAAGACGAGAACUGGGGAGAAACCCAAAAGUGUGGAAUGAGCCCCUCAAGUUCAAACCUGAACGACACCUCAAGAGUGAUGGAUCCGAUGUCGUUUUGACAGAGCCAGAUUUGAGGUUCAUGACAUUCAGUAUUGGAAGACGUGGUUGUCCUGGAGUGAUGCUUGGCACUACUAUGACUGUGAUGCUAUUUGCUAGGUUGCUUCAUGGCUUCACUUGGAGUGCACCACCCAAUGUUUCAACAAUUAACCUUGCUGAGUCCGAUGAUGAAAUUUUUCUCGCUGAGCCACUUGUCGCAAUGGCAAAACCAAGAUUAGCAGCAGAACUAUACCACCGUCAAAUUCAGUAA